AUGCAGAAAGGCUACCGAGGUCGGGUCCGGAGUGGCUGCCUGACUUGCCGGGCUCGGAAAGUCAAAUGCGACGAGGCCAAACCCGUCUGUAAUAAUUGUACGAGAUUACAACGUCAGUGCACAUACAAGCCCCGGAGAGUCUUUCGGCAGACUGCCAGCGCCGAUAACUCGCCACCCGGCCAGCCAUCAUCAGUCCACUUUGAAGGAGUAACUCAAGCACCUGAGGCACAUGACACUACCCAGUUCCACUCAAGUCCGUCGCUCACCGACGACUAUGAGAUACAAGGGUCAUCAAAAGUGUUGUCAACUGAGAGGGUGAACCAAACCCCCUUCUUGUACGAAGGCAGGACAAAUGUAGAUGUCACAGCCUGUUUGCAAAAGGCUCUCCAAUACCGAAGUACAGUUCCUAUCGUGGAUGACAACUCCUACGAACGCCAUGACUCGCCAUUGAACUUGAUAUCACGGGAUAUUGAAUUGACCACUACGCUCGAUAUCCUCACUCUGCGUACCCAGUCCCCCUACAUGACAGAACUCUUCCUUGAUACAGUGGAAUGCCCUGGUAUUACCCCGUUCGAUCCUCUUAACUGGAAACUGGCAAAACAACAUGUCGUGCAUCUGGGAAAGUCAUGUCUGGCUAUUUCUUCCGGUAUCGCAGCUGUCGCAACUCUAUGCAGUGGGCAGGUCUUCUCCCUCUCUACGUCUGAAUCACUAUCUCACUAUCAUUCCGCGAGGAAGAAUGUCGAAGAGCUCUUGGAAGAUGACGAUAAAGACUUUGAUAUUGUUUUAGUGGCUGUCUUCCUCUUGUGUAUGUUUGAGUUGAUUCACUCUGGAAAUAUCACACCCUCCCUGAGAGAACCGGGCUCGACUUUCACGCAGAGGUUACAAGCUUGGGGAAAGAAUCAGUAUUUACACUCGGAGCUUUCCACCCGGAUAGUUACCUGGUUGAAGAUUCUCUACUCAGCAUCUUUUCGAGGUGGAGCAAUGGGCCUGCUAUCUGAAAGGGUAGUCAGUCUUCUCCCCAAUUUCACUGGCCCAUUACCAAACCUCCGACCUCCCGUCGACCAAGAGACAGAGAUAUCCAACCAUUUGUACGAGGUCUUGAGCAGUCCGAUCUUCGACUUUUACUGUCAACUUCAAACCCUAUCCGGAGAGAUUGCCAAACUGUCACUUUACCAUCGAUCACGUACGAAACGCAAAGACCAGCAGGAGGUAGUCGAGCGUAUGGCGAGUCUAAAGACCCGACUACGAGCAUUGUGGGAAACUCGUUGCGCUACGCAGCGACAGUCUCCAGAGCAUUUGCGCUCCCAAAUGGUUCCCCGGAUCGCAAACAUGAUUUCAAGCCUCAUAAGUAUUUGUGAGGCCGCAUAUCAUGCUGAGUUUAUUGAUAUAGGCAGACAACUCGGUGAUCCUGUGUCUCAGACGCCAGAUUCGAGGGAUGCUUUACACAGGAUCAAGGAGAUUCUGGACGAUUGCCAGGGUGACUCAGGGGGGAUUAAUCCUGGCUAUCUGAGACCAUUAUUCCUUUGUGCUAUAGAAAGUACAGUCAAGGAACAGACCAAUUGGGCCGUGGAGAAGCUUGCUAAAAUCCAGAAUCGUGUCUAUCGGGGAGUGUUUUUCUCGGCGUUUGCAAAGGCACUUUCGGAGGCACAAACGCGUAAUGACAGAAGGGUUACCUCGAGGUAUUUCUGUAUCUGGUAUUUCGGGAUCACACCACCAUUCCAGUAGGAUUGUAGGUAAAGCCCGGGCUGAGAAAGAUUCCAUAAUUGCAGGGGGCAUUUAGCCAACCGUACUGUCG